UUUUUAGUUAAGCGAAGCAAGAUGGCAGACGAGGGAAUGCACAUGGUAGAGGUUGUUUCAAAUGCCUUAAGAGUAAAGGAAAAGAAUAAAAUGGAUUGUACGAUUCUUGAUCAUUUUACGAAACUCAGAAAUGAAACUGAACACGAUAGAAUAAAUGGUGGUAUUGAACUACUAAAAUAUUUACUUGGACAAAGUGCAAACCAAAGUGACAGUAAAGAGUUUAAAUAUGCAAUAAGGAGACUAAUUCGAGGUUUAGGUGCAUCAAAAACCUCUUCAAGGAUCGGUUUUUAUACAACUUUGACAGUUUUUUUAACAACGCAUCCUGAAAUGUCAAUAGAGGAAAUAAUAUCUAUAGUAGAUAGUGAAUUGCAUCCAGUAAACAGUAACAAUAAAGGUGAAAAUGCUGACAUUUAUAUGGGACGUAUACUAGUAUAUGGAGCAUUAAUAAGAUCUAAAAUACUUUUGAAAAGUUCAAUAGAAACGCAAAAGCAAAUUAUAGAAGAUCUCAUUAAAGGGGGCAGGCAACGUAGUUAUCUAUCAUUCCCUUCUAUUUCAUUUUUUAUCGAGUUUAUCCAUCAAAUUGAUACAAAGAAAAUUGAAAAAUUAGUCUGUCCAAUUGUUGAAACAGAAUUUGGUAAGCCUUGGUCAGAACAAACUUUAGAUACAAUUUAUGCUUUACUAGUAAUAAAAGACAAAUUUCCAUUAAUUGCAAACAUGACAUUUUGGAAGGAACAUUUUGGUACUGGAGAUGUUACCAAAGAAUCUAUGACUGAUAUGGUAAAAAUAUUACUGGAUUUACCUAAAGUUGUACUGUGUCAUCAUCCAGUAUUCAAAUUAUUUUGCGAGAAUUUAUCAUCAGGUGAUCUUAUUACUGAAUUUUGGAUGUAUAUAGAUCAGAAGUUUACAAAACCUUCAAGAAUUGAUGAACAUUUGGCCAUAGAAAUUCUUAAAUUAAUAUUAUCAAGUAGUACAGAUAAAUCUAUACUUCCGUCAUUACUAUCUACAAACUAUAUGCAACAUAUGCUAAAAAGGUUUUAUGGAAAUAAAAAACAUGAUAAAGAUGAAGUACUCGUUGCAUUUAAGGAAAUUUUACAUUUACUGGUAUCAGCUACAGCCAGCAGUGAUACUAAGCUAAAAACACAGAUUGCUGUAUUAAAGAAGUUGAUAUUGUAUCCUGGUGACUUAAUGAUAGAAAAGAAAACUGGUACAAAGGUAGUUCAAAUGAUUACAGGAAAUUUGAAUUUAGAAGGUAUUAAAAAAGUAUCAAAAAUAUAUAAAGAUAUUAUUGAGAAUAUGAUACCCAAAGAAAUGCUAGGUACAAAAACAAAAACAUUCUGGACAAACACUGAAAGAAUCUAUGCUGCUCACUUAUUAACAAGAUUAAUGGGAUAUUCAGUAACUCUAAUGGAUCAAGAAUGGAGAUUAGAGCAAUUAAAAUUCUUAUUUACUCAAGGGUUAUGUGAAAUGACGAAUGUUGGAGUAGAUUUGGCAUUACAACUUAAAGAAGCAUUUUACCAUGCAUUGGAUCACAAAUUACCAAAAUUAAGUAGUCUUCGAAAUAUAUUAAGUGACUUAGUUCAUUAUUUAGAUACUCGCUUCAGAAAUGAAACUCUGAAGCUAAGAAAUCCGUUGUCGGAUGAAGCCAAAACAGCCUGGCAGAAAGUGAUAAAUUCAAUUGAGAAGUUAGAGAAUAACACGAAAAAGGCAGAGGCUGUACCAGUAUUUCAUACAAUGAAUUUACAUAUGGGAUUACAAUUAUUUUCAGACCCACAUAUGGCAAUCAUGGCUAUUAAUGAACUUCAAAGUUGUUAUGAAAGAUUGGUUAAAAAAUCUAAAAAAAAUAAAGUCAGAAUCAACAAAAAAGAAGAAGAUGAACCAGAAUGGGUGGAAGUAGUAGUUGAUUUACUACUGUCUUUUUAUUCUAAAAACGAUCAUUUACUGCGAUCUUUAGUGGGAUGUGUUUUUCCACACAUUUGUCCACAUGUAACACCAGCAGCUAUACAUCAAAUUUUAGCAGUUCUGGACAUAAGAAGUGGAAAAGGACCUCUUGUAACAGAAGGGGAAGCAAAUGAAGAAGACUCAAUGGACUCACGAUCAGAUGAUGAUAGUGAAGAUGAUAGUGAAGUAGAUGAAGAACUUUCUGAUAACACAGUGCAAUAUUCGACAGAUAAUAACGAUUCCGAUUCUAAUGAAGAAUCAAUUGACGAAGAUGAAGAUGAUACUGUCACUGAUCGACUACGAAUGGCGGUACGGCAAGCAUUAGGUGAAGCUUUUGUUCAAACUGAUGAUGAAGACAUUGACGUGGACAAAAUCGACGAUGACGAAGGAAAAAGAUUAAAUGAAUCAUUAUCAGCAGCAUUUAGAAUUCUACGAGAGAAUCGCCAGUCGCGAUCGAAGAAACAAGAAAAAUCGGCACAAGCUUUAACACAUUUUAGAAUUAGAGUUAUUGAUUUAUUAGAAACAUAUUUAGAGUGUAGUCCAUCAAUGGCAAUUAUACUUGAUAUGAUACUUCCACUCUUUGCGUUAUUGGAAUACUGUAUAAAAGAUUCUCAUCAAAGACCUCUUCAGGAUCGUAUUCGGUCUUGUUUAAAAAAAUUGGCUGCUGUGAAGAAAUUUAAAGAUACAAAAAAUGUGGAUGAAAAUUUAGUGACAGUGAUACUGAAGGCAUUAAUAGAGAAAGGAGAAAGGACAACGUCGGUUUAUCAAGAAAUGAGCGACAAAUUGGCAGAAUGCUGUACAUUCCUUGUAAGAUGUGCACAGCAAGCUGAUAUAUCUAUAACAUCCAUAGUGGAAAUUUAUGCUGAAAAUUUAACAGCUUUUUUUAAAAGAAGAGAUUGUGUGUUGUCACCAAUAUUAUUUAAAAGUAUAUUACAAUUACAGUGGGAGGGUAAUUGGCAGUUGGCCCCAUUGUUGGUGGACUUUGCCUUUGAUGUUACUAUAAGAUCAUUUCGACGAAGAUAUGCUCUUGACUUUUUAACAGUUUUCUAUCAUAAUCGUCGUUUAGUUAAUGUAGAUACAAUACGUUCUGAUACCAGAAUAAAAAUGGAAAAGAAAUUAUAUAAAAAUGUCAUAAAUACACUUCAAGAGUUAUCUAAUGUGCACGGAGUUGAAAAUAAACAGCCUAUUCUGAAUAAUGGUAACGAAAUAGGAAAAGAAGUUAAACAAAGAUAUGUUUAUAAUCUUUUAUUAUUGUUGCGUUAUAUCUACAUUCAACACGUGCCUAAAGCAUGGGAUUGGGAAGAUGUAAAAAAAGCUCUUGCAUCAUACAAAACUCAUGCUUCACUUGGAAAAGAUACAAAAACAGCGUAUAAUAGACUAGCUGCUCAAAUUGGAAUUUCAUUUAAUAUGUCUGUGAAAAAAAGUAUACACCAAGAUAGUCCUAAAGUAAAUGGAGAAGCGAAAGAGACAACAAGCAAUGCAGAAGAUGUAGAAGAAAAUAGUGAUACAUGUAGUAAUUCAGAUACCCCAACAUUGACGAAUAACGAGAUGAAAAAAAAGAAAAAAAAUAAGGGUAAACAGAAAGAAAAGCAGUUAUUAAAGAAAGAAUCACGGUUGUUGCGUGAAAAAACAUUAUCUGAAGGUUUUGAGUCAUUCAACUUUAGUGCUUUUGCUUCACACAAUGAACAGAACGACUCUGAGCCACUUCAAAAUGGAAGUUCGCAAAGUGAACCAACUAGUCCUACUUUACCACAAAAAAGGCCAUUUAAACAAACACUAGACAGUAAUAAAUCUAAAAGAAGAAAAAGUAUGCAGACUGCUUGAUACAUGUAAUAUACUCAAAGAAUUAAUAUGAUAAUGAUCAUAAAUAAUUGUUAUUUUUGUAUAUGCAUUUAUAAACAUAUGUAUCAAAAAGUUUGUAUAGUUUGAAAAUAUAUAAAUAAAUCUACAACAUAAUUCCCAAUAUUA